GCUCCCGUGCUGGCUCUUCACGUGGGGGUUAUUUCAGUUUUGAGGAAAGAAACUAAAAAAAACAAAACUUUUAACCAUGCUGCUCAGUGUUUACUCAAAAAAACAAGAGUCGCGCUCUCUGGAGUGGAGGUACUGGCGUUAAAACUUUUUGAAACUUCUCUUCAGGACGCAGCGAUGAAUAACCAGACCGUGAGCGCGCGUAUCAUGGUGCCCACUAUCCCGUCCAUCAUGUUCAUCUUCGGGGUGGUGGGGAACGUCAUCGCCAUCGUGGUGCUGUGUAAGACUCGGAGGGAGCAGAAGGAGACCACUUUCUACACUCUGGUGUGUGGACUGGCUGUGACUGACCUGCUGGGUACGCUGCUGGCCAGUCCCGUCACUAUCGCCACUUACGUGAAGGGCUUGUGGCCCGGAGGAGAGCCUCUGUGCCAGUACUUUGGCUUCACCAUGUUGUUUUUCUCUCUGGCGGGACUUAGCAUCAUCUGUGCCAUGUCCGUGGAGCGCUACAUCGCCAUAAACCAUGCCUACUUCUAUAAUGACUUUGUGGACCAGCGUCUGGCGGCGCUCACGCUGCUGAGCAUCUAUGUAUCCAACGCGCUGUUUUGCGCGCUGCCCAGCAUGGGCUUCGGCCAGGUCAGAAAGCAGUACCCCCAGACCUGGUGCUUCCUGGAAUGGAGGAGCAACAGCACCAGUGACGCCGCGUACUCCUUCACGUACGCUGGUUUGAGCUCUGUGCUCAUUAUGGCCACUGUCAUCUGUAACGUGCUCGUGUGCGUGGCUCUCAUCCGCAUGCACAGGCGUUACAUGCGUAGGAUGUCUCUGGGCACGGACUCUCAGCGCAACGUGGACCCGCGCAGGAGAGCGCGCAGCUUCAGCCGUUUGGCCGGAGCAGAAAUCCAGAUGGUUAUCUUGCUCAUCGGCACAUCGGUGGUCAUUCUGGUCUGCUCCAUUCCACUAGUGGCGCAGGUGUUUCUGAACCAGUUGUACAAGACCCCAGUGGAGCUGAGUCUGGAGAACGCAGACCUAAGAGCCAUCCGCUUCGCCUCGUUCAAUCCCAUCCUGGACCCCUGGAUCUACAUCCUACUGCGAAAGGCCGUGCUGCUGAAGCUUAUCGAGAAGGUCAAGUGUCUGUUUUGUAAGAUGGGUGCUCGGGGGCGGCAGCAGGGGCCCGGUAACUUCCACUGCAUGGACUCACAACGCCAGUCUUCAGUUAUCUCCAGACAGGACUCUCAUUCAGUGGUGUCCCAGGACCUAAGGGGGGGCACACUGUCCACACAAACUUUCUUUCCACUGUCAGAGGGAACUGACCUGGUUUCUGUCAGUUUUAAAAAGUCCAUGAACAACUCACGUGCAUCAUAUUCUUCAGAGCAGAGUAGUGAAGAGGGAAAAGUCCCAGCUCUGACCGGUACCAAAGACACAGCACUACAGGUGUCUUUAAGAACUCAGACUGUGGAGGAAAAAUGUAUUUGACCCUCACACAGUUGCGUCAGUUCCAAUAUGAAAUAGACCGAAGACUAUAAGUAGGCACAUACAUUAACACAGCUGCAGAGGUGGGUGGAUAAGGCAUGUACACACACAUUUGGCAUGACAUCAUCUGAAUCUAAGCAAACUCCAUUUAGAUUCUAAGGAAUAGACCACGAUGAUAUAAAAAACACUCUUUCUUUAGACAAUAGAAUGUGAUUUUCAACAUUAAAUGGUAGUACUUUCUUUUAUAUUCCCAUGUGGCCUUAUAUCUGUGUAAUCCCUCAGUCAUCCAUAGUGGUCCAUGGGCGUACACUAGUCUACGUGGUCUCAUACUUGUUCUGAUACAGCUCAAGAUCAUUCUAAAGCUAUCCAGAAAAGGUUCAUUUCUGUCCUGUGAAUGUGACUUUUUAGUAUCUAUACCUGUUCAAAUGUAUCUAGUUUCAGUACAAGUUUUAGUAUCUGAUUUUCGAUACUUUUGACAACCCUUGUCUGAACUUCUAACGCAGCACACACACACAAAAAUCAAAUCGGCUUUUCCAUGAUGUGCAUUUUGGCUAUCCAAAGCUAAAUUUAAAUCAUGUGUGUUGUGGAAAACUGAGUUAUAACACAAUUUACAAAAGAACUCUUUGAAAAUACAAAUUAUGAUGCUUGUAUUACAUUAGACCAUUUGAGAUUUUGAAUCCAAACAUGGGCACAUACAGUUACACAGUUUUUAAAGGUCUUAUAUAACACAAAAUAAACUCUUGUGAGCUUUAAGCCAUGUUAUAAUGUUUCCUCCUCAAAAACAUUAUUAUAACUCCUUAUAUUAGUCUGUCUACAUCUCCAAAACUCAAAAUCCACCUUGUGAUGUCAUGAAGUGGUAGUUUUCAAGUUAACAGCUACUUUUUGACCUUUUGUUCAGUAUAGAUUGGUAAUUCCAGAUCUGAAAUCAUCCAAAUGAUUCUAAUGAAGGUGUGUGGAGUUUAAAAACACAGUAGAGCACUUCCUGUAUCACCACAUGACAUCACAAGGUGGAACAGAGUGUUUUCUGUUUGGGAGAAGAACUAAAUAGCCUAAAUAUGAAAAACACAAGGUAUGUUUUUGAUGAGAGAAACAACAUUAUAAUAUAGAUAAGAAAACAAUGUAAUAUGGGCCCUUUAAACAUGCAGAAGUGAUAGUGAAGAUGAUAGUGAAGUCAUUUGACAGAUGCAAGCACUCGGAAUCAACUCUAAACCGUUUUUCAAAUGUCUGCCUAUCUCUGCAUUGUGUGAAUCUCUUUUGUCAUAAUGAAACUUGAAGUGUGUGUAUUUUAGCCCAGAUCUACCUCAUAUGUCACUCUCGCGGAGCAGAUGUUCUUUUAAGCUGAGAUCCUCCGGUGUCAGUGAUGGAAAAGCUAUCAUUUACCCCACUCCUCUGUCGUCAUGGAAACCUUACCGUAAAGCAGGGCAGGCUGGUGUAAAGCCAAGGUGAAUGUGAUCCCUGUGAUUCAGGCCUGGUUUUGGCUGAGUGAGGUCCCUUUGUUUAACUGUGUGUACUGUACAGUCACUUGAAGGACAUAGUUUGGUAGAUCAGUGACUCACGCUCAUCGAUAGAACAGCAGUGUUUUGUUCUUGAGCUCUGGAAAACUCUACAUGUCAUUUUUAAAUGCACAGCAGCUCCCGGAUUACGGUAAAAGAUUCCCGUUUCAUUAUUGCAAACAUAAUAGAACUGGAAACUUUCUCCAUGGCCACUCAAAGUCAUGUGUCAUCAUGUUUUAGUAUUAAAAGUGUUAUGUAAGUGGAGAAAGACUUUUAUUUUGAAGGUCCUAUGUUACGCAAAAUGGACUCUUUUGCAGUUUAAGCCAUGUUAUAAUGUUGUUACCUCCUCAAAAACAUACCUGGAGUUGUGUUUCGUUUCAUUCACACGUUUGAGUAACCCUGGAUUAUUAGUCUGUCUACAUCUCCAAAGCACAAAAUGCUCUGUUCCACCUUAUGAUGUCAUGAAGUGGUAGUUUCCCCCUCUCUUUUUAUGUAUGUGGCUUAUGUGUUUAUUGUGGUAGUGAAUUGAUGAAUGCGGUCCAUGUUUUGGUGAAGGCUGACAUAUGCUUUUGUGUCUCUGUCUUUAGGUAAGUUAAUUCAAUGCAUGAGGUUACAUAUUGUUUUUAUUUUUCCAAUUUUUAAAUAUUACCUUCUUAGCAAUGGUUAGAGAAAUGAGGAGUAUAGUAUCUGUGUGGUAUCUCCUAGAAGACCCCGCGAUGGGCUUAAUGGGGUUCAUAGACUGUAUAUAUAAAUGGACACAGCUGACUUGCUUGCCGCCAUGUUCCAAAUAGGAAGUGAGCAUGGGCCCUUCUGGCUCCAUCGACUUUACAUUGAAAAACUGUUCUUGUCUGUGUGUAACUGCUGCUGUCAGGCUGGUCAAUUUGGUCUUAAAUGUUCUUAUUAAUCUGCCUUACAUGAUCCUGGUAUUUUUAUUAAGUUAUUGAGUCUGUAACUCAAGAUAUGAACAUUCAUAACAGACAAAUCAGGCGCCUUCUUUCCCAGCGCUGACUCCCACUAGUGUUAGCAACAGGUUUGGUUGACAGCGUUGCUAAGCUCCUGCUCCCUGUUAACUGUUUGGAAUUUCUAAUAUGCAACUUAGCUCCAAAUUCACCCUAUAACUACUAACCUCGAUAAGCUUCAUUUGACUGGAGCCGAAUGCUAUGGGUGACACCACACUCACUUAGUCCACUUUUUUAUACGGUUUAUGGUUAGUCAUAGUUCUAGGAUGUGUGUACCGACUGACAGUCCCAGGUGGCAUGCAGGUAAGUAGUAACUGGAUUGGCAAUUCCAGGGCUGAAGUCAUCCAAAUGAUUCUAGUGAAGGUGUAUGGAGUUUAAAAACACAGUGGAGCACUUUCUGUAUAACAACAUGACAUCACAAGGUGGAAGAUAAUGUUUUCAGAGAAGAAGUGUUUUCAAUGAGAAGCGCUCAGCCUAAAUAUGCAGGGUUUGUGUGUUAAACAUGUAUGAAUGAAACAAAACACAACUCCAGGUCUGUUUGUGAUGAGGAAACAACAUUAUAACAUAGAUCAGAAGAGUAAUAUGGACCCUUUAGCAGUGUGACAGCUGUUGAUUCUUCUCUGUGAGAAGGCUAUAGUUCCAUGUCUGUUCAUUCACCUGUUUUCUGUAAUGUUGAUCAGAUUUGUGAUUCUGUCCAUCUUCCAGUGGAAAUACAUUAUGUAGUGUAUGUACACAUUGUAUCGAGUCAUUUGUUAUUAAUAGGACUCUUUUAUUUUAGGCAAAAACAGGAAGAAUAGUUAGUCA